CAGCUGAUGACCGGGAGGAGCAGCUUCAAGUCAUCCCUCCUCUGAGGCUGUGUGGACUCCUCAUAGCAAACAUGAAGCUGUCGGGACUGCUGCUGCCUGUGUUUCUCCUCCUGUGGACUGACCGGAGGAGCUCCGGGUCUCACCCCAAACCGUCCUGCCGUUACCCGCCGUCUCAGUGGUGCCGCUCCCUGGAGAUUGCAAUAGCGUGCAAUGUUCAGAAGCAGUGUAUGGAGGUGAAUGCUACCCGACCUCUCCAUGCUGUUCCUCCAGUAUCUGUCACUCUGUAUUAUGAGAGUCUUUGUCCGGCCUGCAGAGUCUUCAUCACCCAGCAGCUCUUCCCCACCUGGACGAUGCUGCAGGACAUCAUGACCGUCACUCUGGUCCCCUACGGGAACGCUAAGGAGCUUCCUUCAGCAGAUGCCCCCUUUACCUGUCAGCAUGGGGAGCCUGAAUGCAGAGGAAACAUGAUUGAGGCCUGCAUCAUCCAUUUAACGGGACACUCAGCAUUUCAGAUCAUCUACUGCAUGGAGUCCUCUGCAAAUGUUCUCAACGCUGCCCAGUCUUGUCUCCAGCUGUACGCUCCCUCCGUCUCCUGGUCAAGUGUCGACUCCUGUUUGAAGGGAGAUCUGGGGCAUCAGCUGAUGCACGCCAAUGCUGUCAUGACCAGAGCACUGAGCCCCAUGCACACACAUGUCCCCUGGGUCACGUUCAACGGGGAAUACACAGAAGAGAACGAGGACAAGGCAAUGUCGUCCCUUUUCAUGUUAGUUUGCCAUCUCUACAAGGGAGUGAAGCCUCCAGCCUGCACAGGAGCCCCGGUCAGACUGAACAGAGGCUUCUGCUGAACACAACAAAAACAACUUUAACAUGUGAAAACAGCAAAUCGUGAUAUGCAUAAUCUACUCAAUAACACCUUCAGUAUCAUAUUAACAUUUUUCAUCUUUGACUGCAAAAUGGAAUAAAUGUCUUGUCUUGUGUGUACUGUACUCAUUAAAGUAUAU